CCGUUCGGCCCUUUCCGUUCACUGACCUCGCUGUGUUUGAGGUGCUCGGUUCUUCUCACGAAGCUAAGGCCUUUGAAUCCGGCGACUAGCACCGUCAAAUUUAGCCAUCCACGUCUAAAUCCUUAACCCACUGAAAGAACAAUGGCAUCCGUGUCCGAGCUGGCCUGUAUUUACUCCGCUCUCAUCCUCCACGAUGAUGAAGUUACAGUCACGGAGGACAAGCUGCUCGCUCUGAUCAAGGCCGCUGGUGUGUCCAUCGAGCCCUUCUGGCCCGGUCUCUUCGCUAAGGCUCUGGCCAGCGUGGACAUCGGGAGUCUGAUCUGUAACGUGGGAGCGGGUGGAGGAGCUGCUCCGGCCGCUGCGGCUGCUGCUGCUGCUCCUGCAGGUGGAGACGCUCCAGCCAAAGCGGAGGAGAAGAAAGAGGAAAAGAAAGAGGAGUCCGAGGAGUCUGAUGACGACAUGGGCUUCGGUCUGUUUGACUAAAGCAGCUCUUUUAAUAAAAACAUUGAAACUCUCAA